UCGUAGCAAGCUCGGUCCAAUCAGCGAGCUCCAACCUGCUGUACGUGGAUUUUCCGACCGCUUCGGCCGCGCCAUGCGUGUUUGCCUUGCCCUGCAACAGCCAGAACCCAGCAAGAGAAGGCGGCAGCAGGUGCUACGCUACCUCAGCAUUCCGAUCCGGUCAACAUCAAUUGCAGCUACGCCCAUCACGACCCGCCAUCAACCACUUCGACGCAACACACGAGGCUAGUCCACGGCCAACCCCACGAUCCUCCCACAUCGUAAAUCUGGACGAUAAAUCUCCUUCGAACGUCACCCGAAGCAUUACUCAACUAACUAGCGGUCCCUCGCUCCAGGAGCUAAGAUGAGCUCUCCGUUCUCUAUCAAUGGCGGCGCCUGCGUCGCAAUGGUCGGCAAGGACUGCGUCGCAAUAGCCUGCGAUCUCCGCCUUGGUCUUCAGGCCCUGACCGUUUCCAAUAACUUUCCGAAGAUCUUCCAGUACGGCGACGUCUUCCUGGGCCUCACAGGCCUCGCCACCGACGUCACGACCGUCGGCGACCUGUUCCGCUACAAGGUCAACAUGUACCGCCUGCGCGAGGAGCGCAACAUCGCUCCGACCACCUUCGCCAACCUCGUCAGCAGCUCCCUCUACGAGCGCCGCUUCGGCCCUUACUUCGUGUCUCCUGUCGUUGCUGGCCUUGACCCCAAGACGGGUAAGCCCUUCAUUUGUGGCUUCGACUCCAUCGGCUGCAUCGAUUUCGCCAAGGAUUUCAUCGUCUCCGGCACGGCGUCCGAACAACUCUUUGGCAUGUGCGAGAGCUUAUGGGAACCCGAUCUGGGCCCCGAGGAGCUGUUCGAAACCAUCUCUCAAUCACUCCUAAACGCUGUUGACCGAGACGCCCUAUCCGGCUGGGGUGCACACGUGUACAUUAUCGAGAAGGACAAGGUCACCAAGAGACUGCUCAAGGGCAGACAAGACUAAUUUUGACGACGAACGGUUUAGUGUGGACGGAGGGGGAGCUAGGUAGAACCGCCGCAAAUAGACGGUUUCCAGCUUGUACCAAUAGAUGGAGAUAAUCCACUAUGAGAGGGCUCUCGAAGCCUGCAUGAACUAGACAAAUGACCUUUGAUUU